CGGUGAAGUCAGACGCUUUUGAAAGGAGCACAAGACGACGGAGGAAGAAAGCAUUUACCCUGCGCCUUCCUAGCUACAUCCACACGGCGCUGUGUACAUUAAUUAAUUUACACGCUGUGUGCGUUGAACAGCAACAGCGAUGGAUCAUUUUGACUGACAGCUUUUGAAGAAUUAGCUAGCUUAGCCAGCGAGGAAACCAGAACUGAUGGUAGUUUUCUGUUCACGGUAAAUACAGGGUUCAGACAGGCGUUAGGCGAAUGGUCUUCUAUCACCUCGACAAGCCACCGACUCGUUUAGAAACCUUCGCGUACGGCUGCUUAGUGCAUCGCUCAUAUUCAGCUUAAUUUUUUUAUUUUUUUGCAGGCAGUGCUAGCCACCGUUAGCUUAGGAUUCUGCUAGCGCUGGACAGCUCCAGUUAAAGGCUAGCUUUGGACAAAGGACCAAAACGCAAGGAAAAAUAUAAACACAGGGCACUCAGUUGAUUGUGUUUGGGAGGACAGCAACAAACAAGGAAUUGACAUGAUGUUUCCACAAUCAAGACACUCAGCUUCAUCGCAGCAGCUGAAAUUCACAACCUCUGACUCCUGCGACAGGAUCAAGGAUGAAUUCCAGUUCCUCCAAGCACAAUACCAUAGUUUGAAGCUUGAGUGUGACAAGUUGGCCAGUGAGAAGUCGGAGAUGCAGCGCCAUUAUAUCAUGUACUAUGAGAUGUCCUACGGGCUCAAUAUUGAAAUGCACAAACAGGCUGAGAUAGUGAAGAGACUGAACGGGAUCUGCGCACAAGUCCUCCCCUACCUGUCUCAGGAGCACCAGCAGCAGGUCCUGGCAGCCAUAGAGAGGGCCAAGCAGGUCACACCCCCAGAGAUGAACUCCAUCAUAAGGCAGCAGCUUCAGGCUCACCAGCUGUCCCAGCUCCAGGGCCUGGCCCUGCCCAUGACCCCUCUGCCUCUGGGCCUGAGCCAGCCGGCCCUUCCUGCCGUCACCACCUCCUCCGGUCUCUUCUCCCUCUCCUCCCUGCUGGCCUCCCAAGCCCAGCUGGCCAAGGAGGAAAAGGCAUCACGCGACGGAGUAGACAGCCACCGGGAGGAGGACGGAGACAAGUCCGAUUAGAUGGUGUACCCCUUCAGCUCUGCUUUUAUCCAGAGACCUGAAUCCCAAGAUCUGAUUCUCCUUUUGGCCUAGAGCCUCUCCCCUGGUCUUCUUCUUCUGACUGAAGCUAACUUGAGCUUCAUUCUUGUCACCAAUACUCCAGCUACAGACCCCAAACCAACUCCUGUUAUUGGGAGAGCUUUGACACCAUCUCCUCAUAUCAGACUAGUCCUGAUCUCUUCAUAUCUACUUUACCUGCUUUGUGUCUUUUACCCAGCAGGGUGACUGCCUCUUACGCUUCCCGAUUCUUUUCUUCAUGCACUGUCUCUUUUUUAUAUGAUUAGGCUUCAGUUUUUUGCAUGUUCUUUUGGGUUUUUUUUUUUUUUUUUUUUUUAAAUCAGGAGUACUUUCUAUUUUUGUACUUCCUGCCCCCCCCCCCCCCCCCCCCCCCCCCCCCGUUGCUUUCCCCUCAGCUCUUAGACCUGUUUUGUUUCUUACAUUUCUUGUUCAAUAAGCUUCUCUUCUACCUUAUGUCCCCCACCUCUUCACCCCCUCUCAUCCAGGACUCAUAUGUGACACACCACACUAUAGGUGUUGUAACAGGCUAAAUGUUAAACUAGAGAAUAUUUUGGUGAGGUGUAGAAGUUUUCAGGCACAAAACAAGAGUCCUACAAACUUCAUUAUCCUGCAGGGCCCAGUAAUGCUGAUAUUUUUGCAAUCCAGAUUACAUGCAUUCAUUUGAAGAUAUAAUUUGGCUUUGAGUUAAAACAGUGGUUUGAAAUGGAUCAAAGAAAAGUGAAAUUGAUGCCCUCAUGUCCUGUGUAAAGAUAAAAAAAAAAAACAUCGUUGAAGCUUCACACACACACACACACACACACAUCCUAACCAAAAACUGGUGCGUUUAGAGCAGAGACAUUGUUAUAAGAAGACCUCUCCAGUUGACAAACUAGAGACGUUGUGUAUAAUCCUACAUUCAUAUGUGGAAAGAAAAAGCACCUUCUUAGAGCAAGCUUCAUGCUGUGUCAGACUAGAUAUUAUACCCACCUUAGUCGGUAAUCCUGAUCCUCACCUGAUCCUCUGAAGUAUGUGUGAUUAAAUCCAGCCCAGAACCUUCACUGACAGACAACAUUUUCAUCAGCAGCUAAAUGAGCAGAGCUGAUACUUGACUCCUGCUUCCUCCCACCACUUUUUUUUUUUGUCUUUGUAUGUGCACUGAUAUGAGAGCAGGCACAGAGGGGAGAGAGUGUGCAUGUUGUGUGUUGACAGCAGAGGGCAGUGUGUGUCCUCGUUCGAUUCAGGCCUGAGCAGUGCGGGGACACGCACAGAGUACAGGCUGUGUCACAAAGGAAAAGACGCAUUCAUUCACUGUGUGUGUACAAACUUCAUAUACAAAGACUAGUCCAGCCAGACAUUAUCCUCUGCAUGCAGUCAGACUGUGUCAUGAUCCAGUUCUUGGUCUAUUUAAGGAAGCACUGAAGAGAAACACAACUGGACCCAUGCUUUCAAUCCCUCUGUACGUUCAGAUUUAAAUACUAUACAUAUGAAGGCCCGUCACAUCCCACUACUUAUUAUAGAUGGUUUCCCACCUACAGACAACACAGAGUAGGAAAUCUCGAAAUCAAAGCAGCGUCCAUCUCACAAAUGAAGCACAAACCGGAGCUACUCCCAUGAGUAAAAGCUCCCCUCAGGCUCACAUGCCCUGCACACUUACUCUGGUGUUUUCAGUUUGUCUGAUUGGGCCUCUUGUCAGGUGAAACUAUAAUGGAAAUAAUCUAGCGUCAACAAACUCGAGAAUUUUGUUCCCUCAUUAGUUCAAACAUGUACUGUAUAAUAGCAGCAUCCGCACACUGAAUCCAGCAGCGGAUUAUGGUUGCCGGCUAAUGCCCCUUUUAAUUACUUGGGGUUUUAAUUACUUAAUGAAUAACUGUGGCUGGCGUGAGGCAUCCAUGUUCAUUUGGCUUUCAGGCAAUCCCAUAUAUCAAAGCUUCCCCAGUUUCCCUGUAUGGGAAAGCUCUGAUUUCCCAGUACUAAUUACUGCUAGAAGUGUGAGGAAGAUGUUAGGAAAGCAAGGAUUAGAGUCACCCCCAGAGUCCUAAGAAGAGGUUAGAUCAGUCCAACAUUAGUGAAAACACGUGUGUGGACUCGGGAGCUCUAGCAAGUGUAGUAGCAGCUUUAAUGGCCCCUUUAAAUGUCCUUUUCUACACAUUCAGUCAACAUUUUUAGGUUGUUUUCUCAUCAAUUCAUACCUACAAAUGUCACCGUAGUGGUGAUUUAAAUGUCUUAAAUGACUGCCACUGUCCAUCUACACAUAACAUUUGAUGUUUCGGUCAGUCUGAGUGUUAGUUUAAAGAGCACUACCAUGGUGUGUGUGUAAACAUCUGAACAAUAAUUUCAUUUGUGUACUUUCAGUAACUAAAACACACUAUUCUGCUUAUCACUUAAGGUAGCAGCACAUGGAUCUUCCCGUCUAGCCACAGACUGUAUGUAACCAGCUACAUACUGUUCUUGUUUUAGUGAUAAGAAGACAGUAUAGAGACACACACACACACACACACACACACACACACACACACACCAGUGCAUGUCUGCAGGGGAACGCAGGCUGAUUUCUAUUUUGGUGGAGACAUUUUGAAAAAUAUGUUAAGUCUAAACUUUCUGUGAUCAAUGCACUUGUCUAAUGUUUUUUUUUUUCUUCCUCUACUUUGUUUUGAAGUAUUAAUCGAUAUGAGCUAGAAUGAGAAUUACAAAGCUGUCGUUAUAAACAUACAAAUUAAAUUCUAUGUAUUUGUUAGUAGUUGGAGGUGCUCGCCUCCACAUACAGUUAUACAUAGAAAGCUUUAUGUGUAUAUAGCUGCAUCUUCUCUUGUCUGUUCUGGAUGAUUCUUGUGAUUUGUGUUACAAAAUUGUGACACCAGGGGAGAAACUGCAGUACAUUGAUCCUUUAAACUUUUACCUCUCCUCUGACUCCCAUUCGCCAAUCCCAGUUCCUCCCAUCCUACAUCCUGCCUGUCCAACUCUUUGCCCCAAUAGCGUGAAGCAUUGUAAGCGUUUUGAGCUUUGUAAAGGUCUUUUUUUAAAUACUUAUUUUGUGCAUAAUGUAAAACCUCCAAGUGUGUACUUUGGAAAAAAAAAUGUUUUGUGUCUGAAACCAUAGCUUCAUUGAAACAAAAAAAAAGAAAGUAUUGAAAAAAAAAAACAUUUACUAUAAAUAAUAUGAAAUGUUCUGCAGUAAGGAAGGACUUCUGGUGCCUUACAAAUAAAGUCAAUCAAAUCAUAAGAAA